AUGGAGGGAAGCUCUCUUUGUGGGUAUUCAGAAAACAGUGAAAAGGCAGCGGCAUUGGGCACUAAAGGGGCGAAAAUUAAAGAGAAAAAGCCUGUAAGCUACCAAAAAACUACUGCGUCAAAAAACGGGCCGUCCCUGCUGUCGCAUCCUACACCUGGCAAACCCAGAGCUCCAAAAACCUCUGAGGAGAGUGUUGAGGACUAUCGGUACGGCGGUUACCAUCCUGUCUAUAUUGGCGAAGAAUUUGCUAAAGGAACCUACGUUGUUGUACGGAAACUUGGCUGGGGUCACUUUUCAACGGUUUGGUUAGCCUUUGAUAAAGUUCACAAGCGCCACGUCGCACUGAAAGUCGUUCGCUCAGCCGAGCAUUAUCGAGAAACUGCCAUUGAUGAGAUUCGUUUGCUGCAAAAAGUCAACAAUGGCCCCGACGAACAUUUGGGCAAGAAACAUGUUCUUUCCUUGAUUGAUUAUUUCUCUCACAGCGGUCCAAACGGCGUUCACAUUUGCAUGGUUUUUGAGGUGUUGGGUGAAACGCUGCUGAGUCUAAUUCGAUCCUUUGGCCAUCGGGGUGUGCCUAUCGGACUCGUAAAGCAGAUUUCAUACCAACUGCUUAUUGCGUUGGACUAUUUGCACAGAAAAUGUGGUAUAAUUCAUACCGAUCUUAAACCAGAAAAUGUCCUUAUUUGUUUAGACAAGGAUGUUUUGGAAUCCAUUCUGGAACACGAAAACAGUGUGUUGCCAAAACAAAAUUUAAAAGAAGAGAAUGCUGGAGUUCACCCCAAUCGCUUUAACAACCGUCGUCGACGAGUUCCCUCUGCUUUUAUCGAGAGUCGUCCAUUGAUGAACGGUGUCAGCACAGUACAUCGUUGCUCUCAGCCAGAAGACGAAGCCGCGUCUUUGGAAGGCAGUGUUUCCGGUUUGUGUCUUAAUGACUGUGCUUUGAGGAAUAACACUGAGUUUCCUCCCAUCACAGUUAAAAUUGCCGACCUGGGAAAUGCUUGUUGGACGUACAAACACUUCACCAACGACAUUCAAACUCGCCAGUACCGGUCUCCGGAGGUGAUUCUGGGUUGCAAAUGGGGCGCUUCUGCUGACAUCUGGAGUUUUGCUUGUCUUGUCUUUGAACUAUUGACGGGUGAUUACCUGUUCAAUCCGAAAAAUGGAAACUCAUACUCAAAGGAGGAUGAUCACAUUGCACAAAUCAUCGAACUUAUCCAAAGGUUUCCUAAGCAUGUCGCACUUUCCGGUACAUAUUCACGGAGGAUUUUCGAUCGUCGUGGAGAGUUGCGGCACAUUGGCCGAUUACAUUAUUGGCCUCUUAAAAAUGUUCUUGCUGAAAAAUAUCACUUCUCCGAAGAGGAUGCCCAAAACAUCUCCGACUUUUUAACGCCCAUGUUGGAGUUCGAUCCUAGUAAGCGCCAUAACGCUGGCUACAUGUCGAAAGCCCCAUGGUUGAAGGAAGUCGCAGACGCGUCCUUUUCGCCCCACGUUCGGGGAGCCACUGGAGAAGGUAUCGCUGGCUGGGCUUCAGAAGCAAAACGAUUUGUAUAA